CCCGCUGGACCUAAACCAUCCCAAGUGGUGAGAAAGAUGGCAGCCUAUAAAUGUAAUCGCUCGCUCAGGAAAAAGCUCAGCUCUGACCUUGUAAAGAUCAUCAGCAGCCUAAGGAAGGAGAAUGUCUAUCUGAAGAAGACUCUAGCUGAGGUGUCCCGUCAUCACGCAGAACAUAAUAAGCUCGUGGAGAGACUCCUGGCUCUGGAAACUCUGCGGCUGGAGAGUUGUCAGCAGCUUCCAACAAAGGAUGAAAAAACAUCUUCGUCCUCUGAGGAUCUCUGCACCAAAGAGAUGAACUCUGUGGACGGAGAUUCCCCUUCAGAAAAAGAGGUUUCCUCCAAUGACGAAGCUGUUUUACAUCUUCAAAAUAAGCUCAAUGAUGCUUUGGAAAAGAACCAGCAGUGGCUGGAAUAUGACCAGCAGAGAGAGGCCUAUGUGAGGGCAAUUCUGGACAAAAUGUUAUGGCUGGAGAAGCAGCUGAAUGAAGCCAAUCAGGCCCACUCACAGCAGCACAAUGAGGAGCAUUCAGAUGAAGAGGCACAAAAAAACAAUAGGGAGCGCUUUGAAAGUUUCCUGAAGGAGGUGGAUCUGCUUCAUAAACAGGUUGAAGUGGUUCAUCGGAAGCUGAUCAGUGCUGAAGAAAGGUUCAGAGAAAGGGAGAAAGAGCUGGAGGCUCUCACACACCAGUUAAAGAGCGACACAGCAAGUAAAGGAAGCCCACAAGAAGAAUGCAGCAACCCCGAGGAGGAGGAAGAACAACAGCUGAAGGAGGAGACUGAGGAGCUCCAAGCUCAGCUGAAGGAGGAGAAGCGAAGGUCUACCAGCUUUGAGCUGCAGGCAAGCCUCUAUCAGAGGUACAUGUUAAACCAUCACCAUGCAGACCAGGAAAAGAUUGCAGACCUAGAGAGACAGCUCAGGAUUUCUUCACAAGACCUUGAGGACGCAAAGCGGGACUCUUCCUAUUUAAAGAAGCAAUUGCUCAGAAUUCUGAAGAGGCUGCCAAAAACAAAAGGCAAAAACCCAAAACAGUCAAAGAGAGACCAGCGGGACGUCGGCGUAUGUGAAGAGGCGAGCCCAGACCCCUGGAUCCCCAGAGGCAGCCUGGCGUCCCUCUCUCACAGCAGCGCGCUGGAUGAAAGUUUCCUGGAGUGUCCCACCUGCCAGGCCGAGUACCCCGCCAGCCAGUACCGAGAGCUGCUAACGCACCUGGAGAUGUGUCUCGAGUGAACCCACAUAAGAAAGUUCACUUGUGUGUCUUUUGUUAGAAGGCCGCCGCACAGUGUGACCACAAGUUCAGGCUUUGUUCAAACUUUGGCUUUGCUGCCAUGUUGUUUUCGCCCGCUAUUCUGCGAUGAUUUAAGGUUGGAACAGAAUUUUGGUUUUGUUUUGGUUUAAAUAAAUUACCUUGUUGUUGCACCUUUGUUGUUUCUCUGUGAAAACCGACUAACUGGAAAUCCCAGAAUUUGUUUAUAUAUUUGACAAAAACCUGAAAAUUGUACUCUCUAUAGCCCCUUAGUGGAAGGCUGGUUGACACGGCAGGAUUUUUAGCCCAAUUUUUACCCCGAUCCUCCCCUUCUGAGAGGCACCGGUUAUCGCCGUGUCUCUUAAGAAACUCUUAAGAGACAUUCGUGCCGUGUGUGGUGUGUUAGGAGCCAUCAGGUCCGCUCGGUGGAACGUCUGGACCGCUCUGACUGUCGUGUUUUGAGUUUCUGCCUCAGUUUAAGUUUCUGUUUUGGUUUAGUUAUUCUCUUAAUUUAACCGAUUCUGUUAUAGUUUUGGGUGUUAUUUCAGUUUUGGGUUUGUCUUGAUUUGUCCUGAAACUGUUUAAGUUAACCUGUUUUCACCUGCCAGUCAUUCAGUUCACCUCUCAGUAAACAUCCUGUCUGUUUUCCUGUCCCUCCCCUUUCACCAGUCACCAUCCAAUCAGCUUCGGUUUACUUUCAGUCACUUCCCUUCUUUUGAUUAGUUCCACCUGUUUUCUUUAAUUAGUCUCUACUCCGUUCACCUGUUCACUCCCCUGUUUAUACCUGCUUCACUCCUCUGUUCCGGGCCAGAUCAUUUCCGUGCCUAUUGGUGAAUCCUGUUCUCUGUUCUUUUGCCUGUUGACCUGACCCGUUUAGCCUCUGGAUUUCUGAGCCAGCCAGACCCCUGAUUUACCUGUUUGUUCUGACUGCCUGCCCGUUGCCUGACCGGAUCGGAUUUUUGUUUAUUGGAGCUUGCCUGUCCCCUGUUCUUGAUUAUUUAGUUUCACCAUUCAUCAGCUUUGAACUAUUUUUUUUUUUUU